AUGGGCGUCGACCUGUUGGAAAAAACAUCGCCUGAUAAAGAUAGCACUAAAGGAAUCAAAAUCAUCGAAGCUCCUGCUUGGCCAUCUGAGGAUGUUGUAAAAGGAUUUUCCGAUGAUGUGGACGCUGGUCGUCUGAUCCAUUGGGGUCCCAUGAUAGCCGCUGCCAUCAUUGCUUUUAUUAGUAGCUCAACUACCCAUUUCCUUUUGAUGUGGUGGCCGGUAACUACAAUAGGAGGCUUCUUGCAUUUUUCUAUUUACCUUUUCUGGAAUUACUUAACUGCUUCUAACAUGAUAAAUGCUUCGAGUAAUGGCCCAGGACGUGUACCAUUAGGUUGGACCCCACCUGAGAAAAGUCAUGAAGAUUUUUUACAAUAUUGCACUCCUUGUAAAGGAUAUAAAGCUCCAAGAUCUCACCAUUGCUCAAAAUGCAAAAGAUGCUCUCUUAAAAUGGACCACCACUGUCCUUGGAUAAACAAUUGCGUCGGGCACCGAAAUCAAGCUUGGUUUGUGAGGUUCCUUGUCGGUGCUAUAGUCGGAUGUAUACACUCUGCUGUAAUUCACUGUAUAUGCUUUUAUCAUGCUAUUCACAUAUCUUAUUAUAUGAAGUACGGUGAUGGCACCGAGCCAGUAAUCGAAAUGAAUAUAUGGGCUGCCGUUGCCUUGAUUGGGUCUUUCGGGUUCUCAUGUGGAGUUUCAAUCGGGCUCUCUGUACUUCUCUACAUGCAAAUCAAAUAUAUACUCAAAAACCGUACUGGAAUAGAGGAAUACAUAGACAGCAAAGCCUUAGCUCGUAGAGAUGAUGAUGACGAUGAUGAGGAGGCUCAAUGGGUAUAUCCAUAUGAUAUCGGAUGGAGAAGAAACUUGUAUGAAGUUUUGAGUACCUUCUCAGGACAUACUCUCGGUAAUGGUAUAUGGUGGCCAGUCGUCGCAAGUUGUGAUCAAUAUACUUUAACUAGUGAGCAACUACGACAAAAAGAGUUGAAACGUAGCAAUGCCAGAAUUGUCCUUAUACAAGAUGAUUUCAAAGGAGGGGUAUUUGGCAGUAUCAAGUUCGGGUUGAAAGUGUUCUGUUGUCAGCCCUGGUCUGAAGAUCCAAGAAUACCGGUGAACAAGUCAGAAAAAUGGAUUGUUACUCGAGGACAAAAGCAUUGGUUAUAUGGACAUAAGAAAGGAUCCGAAAAAACUAAAGGAUAUUUCCCUCGUUGUAUUGCUCAACUCUUGCCAGAAAAGCCAUAUGAAGAUACACCUUCUCCUCAGAGGGAAGUGGAUACCGGUGUGACAGAAGAGGAACCCUCUUCAACCUAA